CGCUCCACACGAAGACGUACAUAACGAGUGGAACCAAGAUUACGAGUUCCCACAUUCGGUUGGCGGGCAACAAGUCAGCGAAGAGCAACAGGUGGAUGAAACCAUUGAACAGUUCGAGGAGCGUGUGCUCAACAAACGUGCCGCUCAACUAUUUAUAUCGGUGCGGUCGCGUCUGCUGAAGACUGACAGCAUGGUAUUGUCGGAGAUGACGCAUCGGAACGAUAAGAAACAGGCUGCCCAAAAGUUCUACUCCCUGUUGGUGUUGAAAAAGUUCAAAGCCCUCGAGAUUACCCAGCCGAAACCGUACGCGGACAUCACAAUCACACGGGGGCCGCUGUUCGAAAAUCCGAUACUGUAAGAAGGUCGUCUAUUUUUAUAUUAACUUUAAGUUAAAAAAAAAAAAAACAACAGAGGGUAACUAUGAAAAAGUACGUUGAUAAGUCUUAAACAAAUCCUUUUCAUUAGUCGGUUAGGCGUAAACUGGAGAUGCUUGUGCAUUUUUAUUUUUUAUCGGAACUAUUAGAAGAUAUUCCCUAUAAUGAUGAAUUAUUAAUAAAAAAAAGUCUAAUCAUGCAACUUGUAUAUAUUUUUCGUCAACAACAAGUAAAUUUCGGUUCCUAUGAGAAGAAUAACAGAUUGGUUUAUUUCUUCGAUUGAAAUUCAACAAUCUGUUGAAAAAAGGAAUUGUAUUCGUUAGCAGAUUAUUUGUUAUGUUAUUGGAUCGAAAACAGUAGCUACAUAAUUUAUGUUCGGUUGAUUCGCUGCUUGAGAUGUGGAUAUGAGAAGUGGAUGAAGUAUGCUUUAAAUAAAAAAAACGAUGUCUUGUAAAUAGUUAAAAAUUAGUUUCGGUGUAUUAUAAAUUAAACUUGAAUCAAGGAAACAGUAUGAAUGUCGUAAUUCAGUUUUCAUGUUUGUCUUCCUACAUACAUGGAACCUGAAAAACACUUUCAUCGCUGAAAGCACCAAGUUCUCCACAGAGAAGCUACUGAACAAGUAGUAUCCAUCAAACAGUAACUUAAAGUCGUUUGUUUUAUUUAUGAUUGAAAUUAAAUAUUCAAAAGGCACCACCGCUUUCGAUAGUGUCUUCACGAAUGACCUGAUCUGGUAUGUCGUUAUUACAUAUUAAAUUGUCAUAGAUGGGUAUGGAAGAACCGGAACAAGCACUUGUAGAUCUUUGAAGUGUAAUUUAUAAAUCUAUGAGAAAAAAUAUUUCUGAUGCUGUAAAAAUAUCAAGUUGAAAUAAAGCCAAUAUUUCCAAAA